AUGGACGCAGCUGCGCAGCUCGUCUACUGCGGAAUAGAUCCUCUGCACCGUACCUCGGCAUCCUAUGGAAAGAGCAGGAGUCGCAGGUUUUUCCCGAGAAUCAAGCGGAACUCCGUUGUGAGAGCCAUUGCAACCGAGUCUAGACCAUCAUCGGAUACCAAGCAGACAAAAGGCAUUGACGGAUCCCCCAAAACGGCGUCGUACAAGCCGGCGAACGGUGCAUCCUCUAGAAUGCAAGAUGUUUCAAAAGAGAUCAAAAGGGUGAGGGCACAAAUGGAAGAGAAUGAGCAGUUGGCUAUCCUUAUGCAAGGGCUUCGGGGUCAAAAUUUGAAUGACACACUAUUUGCGGAUGAUAACAUCAAGCUUCGUUUAGUUGAGGUAGAUGAGAGCAGUGAGUUCUUACCACUGGUGUAUGAUCCUGAUAGCAUUGCUGCUUACUGGGGAAAACGACCACGUGCCGUUGCUACACGUAUUGUUCAGUUAUUGUCCGUUGCUGGAGGGUUUCUCUCUCGCCUUAUCUGGGAUCUAGUAAAUAAUAAGAUAAAAGAGAACGAAGUCGCUCGAGCUAUUGAGUUGAGAGAGAUAGUUACAUCUCUCGGUCCAGCAUACAUAAAACUUGGGCAAGCAUUGAGCAUACGACCUGAUAUACUGUCGCCCAGUGCAAUGACUGAACUGCAGAAGCUUUGUGACAAGGUGCCAUCGUUCCCAGAUGAUGUGGCUAUGGCUCUAAUUGAAGAGGAGCUCGGACAGCCGUGGUAUAAUGUCUAUUCUGAACUUUCUCCUUCUCCGAUUGCUGCUGCAUCCCUCGGCCAGGUCUAUAAAGGCCGGUUGAAAGAAAACGGGGAUUUGGUAGCUGUGAAGGUACAGAGACCGUUUGUUCUUGAGACUGUGACAAUUGAUUUGUUUAUCAUAAGAAAUUUGGGUCUUGUUCUUCGCAAAUUUCCCCAGAUAUCUAUCGAUGUUGUUGGAUUGGUUGACGAAUGGGCUGCACGUUUCUUCGAGGAGCUUGAUUAUGUUAAUGAAGGGGAAAAUGGAACAUUAUUUGCAGAAAUGAUGAAGAAGGACCUACCUCAGGUUGUUGUGCCAAAGACAUACAAUAAAUACACUGCAAGAAAGGUUCUUACGACUCAAUGGAUAGAUGGAGAAAAACUGUCACAAAGUACAGAAAGUGAUGUUGGACAACUUGUGAAUGUUGGAGUCAUAUGCUACCUGAAGCAGCUACUUGACACGGGUUUCUUCCAUGCCGAUCCACAUCCAGGAAAUUUAAUUCGGACACCUGAGGGGAAGCUUGCUAUACUAGAUUUUGGUUUGGUAACCAAAUUGACAGAUGAUCAGAAAUAUGGCAUGAUUGAAGCCAUUGCACACCUUAUUCAUCGAGAUUAUGGUUCUAUCGUAAAAGACUUCGUUAAGCUUGGUUUUAUUCCUGAAGGAGUUAAUUUAGAACCCAUUUUGCCUGUGUUGGCCAAGGUCUUCGAUCAAGCACUUGAGGGUGGGGGAGCGAAGAAUAUCAACUUUCAGGAGUUGGCAUCAGAUUUAGCACAAAUAACGUUCGAUUAUCCUUUUAGAAUACCGCCUUAUUUCGCACUUAUAAUUAGAGCAAUUGGGGUGCUGGAGGGAAUAGCUUUGGUCGGGAAUCCUGAAUUUGCUAUUGUGGAUGAAGCCUAUCCAUAUAUUGCGCAGAGGCUACUAACUGAUGAAUCCCCGCGUCUAAGGUCUGCCUUACGUUACACAAUAUAUGGGAAAUCUGGAGUCUUUGAUGCUGAAAGAUUUAUUGAUGUCAUGCAAGCAUUUGAGAAUUUCAUUGAUGCAGCAAAGAGUGGAGGUGGGGAAAAUCUUAAUGGAAGAAUGGCUGAGCUUGGCAUUUUACAAAAUCGGACAAAUAAUUUGCUUCCGGGUUUUACACCGAGUGCUUCUCAAGCCCAACCUAUUCAAACAAGGGCGGCCUUGGGAUUUUUACUAUCUGACAAGGGAAACUUUUUCACGGAAUUUCUGUUAGACGAGAUUGUGAAAGGCAUAGAUGCCAUCACCAGGGAACAGCUAGUGCAAGUAAUGGCUCUUUUUGGGAUAGGAAAUGUAACCCCGGUUUUUAGCUUGGUUCCAACUCUGGGACCUAUCAGGACCUCUGCACUUCUUCCUACAAUAACUGAGGAAGACAAAGUCAUACUGAACAAUGUCCAGAAAAUCAUUGAAUUCUUGACUGACGGAACUGUAUCUUCUUCAAAUCAGGGUGUGAAUGUUCCUCGAGUGAUCCAAGAGUUGCUCCCGGUGUUGCCGGGACUUUCAGCCAAAGUGCUACCUGAGGUCAUCAGUCGUUUAUCCUCACGUGUACUUGCUCGUGUAAUCCGAGAUACACUUCUGUAA